CUGCAGUGAACAAUGGCAGAUAAGCCAGAUGUGAGUGAAAUCUCCCAGUUUGACAAGAGCAAACCCAAGAAGACCGAGACACUGGAGAACAAUACACUGCCAACUAAAGAGAUUGAGAAAAAAAAACAGUGUGGAAAAAGAAAACAAAGGCAAAAAGUCUAACACAAGUAAUUAAGUGAAUAAAAAAAUACAUCUUGUUACUCAAACAAGGCAAGCAAAGCGUCACUACCUUCACCGUCUCUUCUCCCACAUUGCCAGGGUCCCCCCAGCCGCAGCCUGCAGCCGCACCACAACAACGCCCUUAAACAGAAAAGUGUCAGAUCGGCACCAUCGAUCGCGACUCACCAUCCCCGCUGAUCUCUACACCCCGGCUAUCCCCCCUUAACCCCCCCUUCAGUUCAGCCCCUAACCCCUCCCAUGAUCCAUGUUUAUUUACCUAGUCACCUUGACCUUUCACAUGCUUUAUUGGCAUUAGUGAGGAUUUUGACCCCGCCCACACCUCCUAAUUACAGGUUUUCAUUGGCUAGUGAAACCAAUUCAGUAAUUGGCAUCACCUUGGAUUGUUGACUACUGCUUCCUGACAGGUUUUUUUUAAAAAAAAAUUUAAAACGAUCACUUACAUGCAUUAAAAGCAGUGCUGUUACUCUACUGACUUUCUGUUAUUAGAUAUGAUUCUGAGCUCAUGUUUUCCUGUGUCAGACAGUGGAAACUGAAGGGCUACAUGAUAAAAGCUCUCUCUCUCUGGGUGGGGGAGAACUUCAGGUUUGGCUUCAUGGGACCUCAUAUUUUUUGUAAUGUGCUGAGGUAAGCUGUGCUGUGCCCCACUGUGCUAAAUUUAGGAAGGGGGGGUGAGAAUUCGGGGUCUCUGGGGCUUUAAUAGAGAGCCCUCACAAUGUUGAGGGAGAGCUGCUGCCCAAACGCCCCCCCCCCCCCCAUGAUCCGUUUUUGGACUCCUUGUUUUGCCGACCAGUGUUAUUCAAGGGCCUGCCGCCACCCCAAAAUAUAUGCAAGCAUGCACAAACACAAGCGAAAUCUUAUCCCUCCCCAUCUCCCCCUCUCCGAUCUGUCACAAAUCUGAUUAGCGGUGAUUGUGUAUUAUUAAAUCCACAUGGAAAGCCGACGUCGAAUGAACGGUGUCUGUGAAAGUUUGGGCGUUCCCUGGAGCUGCCCCUGGGCCCACUCUCUCCAGUGAAAGGCAUGGACACUUAUCAUGCGCACGCAAAACAGUCAGCAGGCGAGAGUUCCCAUGGGCCAAGUGUUAACAGCCCCAUCUCAGGAGUGUUAAGUGUGUUUUAGUGUAUGCAUAAAAUGUAUAUGUGCGUGUAAUGAAAAGUCGUAUUGAACGAUGAACAAUGCGGGCCAUUUUACCAAUCUCUUCCCGCAGGGUUUUGAGGAGAGAUCGCAAGGUGAGGGCCCCCCUGAAGCCGUAACAGUUGCACGGGUCAAAUGACCAUUGUGAUGUGAAAUCCCCUUGAGUAGUCUCUCCUCCAAACUAGCCGUUCAGUGGAGCGUCAGCACAGCUUGUAGUGCUGCCUUGGUGACUCAAACUACAGUUACACUUCACAAUUCCCUUUCAUUCUUCUAAUGCAUCUUUCUUUUUUUUUUAACACAGGACUGGAACAAGACAUUUGUAACUAAACAGUAUAAUUAUGUAUUUGUUUACUUUUUUGAUUAUUUUAUCCCAUCCCUGAACAAGAACCUAGGAACAAAGAAUAGGAAGAAGUCUUUCGUGAUACAAGAACCAGGUUUGAAUAAUUGAUCACCUUUCACAAUCAACAGGCUGCUCGUUGUUUAACCCCCCUUUUGAAAAACCACUGGAAAAGAAAAGAGUGUUAAAACACACAAAAGAGAACAUUUUACACACAUGUAUUUU